CAGCGCUUGCUGUCCGUUUGCACAUCUUCCCCAGAGAAAUGUCUGACGGGCCCUUUGCCAUGGCCCGUGUUGUAUGACAGAAACCACGAGAGGUGUUGCCGGCUGCAGGUGGAGGCCGUGGGCUGCCACGUGGCCACUGGCUUGCCCCACUCUGGGCGGGCAGAGGGGCCCCACGGGGUGUGCUGCCUGGGCCACUUCCGGGAGCGCCGGCCAGCCUCCCCGGGCCACAGUUUCACUUUUGACUCUGGGACUCGCUCAGACGCUCCCGGCACAGCCCGCAGCGAGGCCUGCUGCACGUCGUGGGCCCAGAGCCUGAGGCGACCGGCGACCCUCAAGCCCUGAUCGCCCAACCCCUGAGCCAUCUGCCCCGUCGGGAGCAUGCCAUCCGUCUUUGAGGGCGUGGCCAAGAGCGUGGUCCGGGAGGUGGACCCCAAAGGCGGGCUCACCGUCGUGGACAGCCUGCGGAGUUCCACCAGCUUCCAGCCCUACUGCCUGCUGGCCAGGAAGCUCUCCAGCUCGUGGUUCUGGAAACCGCGCUACAAGUGUCUCAACCUGUCCAUCAGGGACAUUCUGGAACCUGACGCCCCGGAACCAGAUGUGGAACGUGUUACCCCUAUCCACAUCGAAGACCACGUGGACAGAAAGGUGGAGGUUGAUAUGGAGGUGAAUGCACUGGGGCAGGGCAAGAUCACAGGCGGGGCAGCGGUGUUGGCCAGAACCAGAACCUCCAUGAACGUGUGCACGCUGCGAGUGCCCCCCAGCACCUGGGAGGCCAUGAGCAAAGAGAGGCGCCUGCGGCGGCCGGAGCACCAGGUCCUGCAGCAGCUGCAGCGCUGUGGGAGUGACCUGUUCGUGGUGACAGAGGUGCUGCAGACGCAGGAGGAGGUGGAGGUCACCCGGGCCCAGAAGCAGGAGGGCUCUGGCCAAUUCACCCUGCCCGGAGUCCUACGCAUGCAGGGCCAGGGCAAGGGCCACGUGAACCAGAAGAAGACAGUCACCAUCCCCUCUGGCAGCACCCUUGCAUUCCAGGCAGCCUUGUUGGUCAUUGGCCCUGACUGGGAGAUCUACCACUUCCCGUGCAAGAACCAGAGGACCUUCCCACUGCCCGAGAAAGACCGCAAGCCCGCGAGCAGCGCGGGCCUCCUGUCUCACAUAUCUCUCAGCUACUUCAAGAUGCAGCUCCCGUCUACACCCAUGGACAUGGUGUCGGAUGGGGACAUUGAGGACCAGAUCCCAGUCACUGAGGACUUCCAGGGGCUGCAGGUGGAGGUGAUGGUCCACGCCGACGGCCUGAGGGGCCUGUCCAGGGAACUGUGCAGGCGGAUACUAGCAGGGCUGGCGCAGGCGCUGCGGGAAGAGCCGGCCCUAGAGACCCUCGAGGAGGCGAUGGAGCAGGGCCUGUGCUGUGGGCAGGUGACGCCCCCCGAGGUCCCGGGGGGCGCCAUCGUGGAGUGCCUGGUGCGCUCCUCUGGAGAGGUGGAGAAAGACCUCGCCCGCCCCAUCCUCUACCUCACGCAAGCACUGACUGAGCUGAGCGAAACCCAGCGCGUACUGCUCACAGAGGCGCUGGAGGCGGGGGCCCUGUCCAGGCAGCUCCAGCUGGUGCAGAGCAUCCUGGAGCAGAGCUCCCCCUGGCUGGAGUGCAGGGCUGUGUCCCUGCCGCAGGAGCUCCUGGGGAGCAGCUGGGACCCGGCGGCGCCUGCGUGGCUCCUGCUGGAGGAGUGCCAUUUGGAGCUGCAGGGGGACGUCCCCCAGGUGUCCUGGAGGCCUGAAGCCCAGGGCCGCACGUGUGCCCUCUACUCCUGCCUGGCGCUGCUGGUGCACCUGGGCCAGGACAGCGCUUAGGGCUGAGCCUCGCUCUCCCAGCCCGCACACCCGGGCAGCUCCCCAGGCAGGGCAGGCCUCACAGCACCUGGCUGCCAGCCCCGAGAGGGCGAGGGGCCAGGCCAUGUGGCUGGUUCACCUUGACCAGGAGUCAAGGAAAGUCAAUAAAAGUGAUGUGUAAAGGAAA